CUUAAACUAGAUGCCGUCCACUAUCAGUAGCACUGUUGUUCAAAAGACUGGCUCUGAACCAAUUCCCUGUCAGCAUGCUACCACAACCACAGAAACAGGUGCUGGAACAGGAGGGAUUUAUUCUGCCAUCCUCAGCCGCAACCAUCCCAUCACCGAAGUCAAGGAGAAAACCUUUCAUGAGCUUCAUAAGAAGUGCCUUGAAAAGAAGAUUCUUUAUGAGGAUCCAGAUUUUCCAGCUAAUGACAGCUCCCUUUUCUUCAGUCACAGGCUCCAAGUCAAAUUUGAGUGGAAAAGACCAUCAGAAAUCUGUGAGAAUCCACGCUUUAUCCUUGGUGGAGCUAAUAGGUCUGACAUUUGUCAAGGGGAACUAGGGGAUUGUUGGUUUCUGGCUGCCAUUGCUUGUCUGACCCUGAAUGAAAAAUUGUUGUUUCGGGUCAUUCCAGAGGGUCAGACCUUCACAAAAGAUUAUGCUGGGAUUUUUCACUUCCAGUUCUGGCGUUAUGGAAGUUGGGUGGAAGUUAUUAUCGAUGAUCGUUUACCAACAUAUGGAAAACAUCUGGUCUUCACUAAAUCCUCCCAGCAGAAUGAAUUCUGGAGUGCAUUACUGGAAAAAGCUUAUGCAAAGCUUCACGGGUCCUAUGAAGCAUUAAAAGGAGGCAACACCACAGAGGCCAUGGAGGAUUUCACAGGAGGAGUGACAGAAUUCUAUGAGAUAAAGGAUGCUCCUAAAGAUACAUAUAAAAUCAUGAAGCAUGCCAUUGAGAGAGGGUCACUUAUGGCUUGUUCCAUUGAGGACAGUUCAGGAUUUAUUUAUGGAAGUGCCCCUACAACUGAUAUUGGACAAUUCAUUGCCCAAAAGUUGCAGAAGAUGAAUUUUGAAUUUUUGAAUGAGUCAACUGAAGAAACAGAAGACAGAACAACCCGGACCAUCAUUCCAAUGUUGUAUGAAAGGCGCAUGACUAAUGGACUGGUCACAGGCCAUGCAUAUUCAGUCACAGGUGUAGAAGACGUAACACUUAAAGGGGAGAAGAUAAAACUGGUGCGGCUCAGAAAUCCCUGGGGACAAGUAGAAUGGAACGGAGCUUGGAGUGAUAGCUCAGAUGAAUGGAAUGACAUUGAUAAUGCCGAGAAGGUCCGCUUGCAACAUAAAAUUGCAGAGGAUGGAGAGUUUUGGAUAUCAUUCCAAGAUUUUCUGAGAUAUUUCACAAAGUUGGAGAUUUGUAAUCUCACCCCCGAUACCCUUGAGGCUGAUAAGCUUUACACAUGGACAGUUUCCGUCACAGAAGGACAAUGGGUGCGAGGCAGCACUGCAGGUGGCUGUCGUAACUAUCCAGACACUUUUUGGACCAAUCCCCAAUAUCGUUUGAAACUCCUGGAAGAAGACGAUGAUCCAGAAGAUAGUGAGGUGAUAUGCAGCUUCCUGGUGGCACUGAUGCAGAAAAACAGGAGAAAAGAGCGCAAACUAGGAGCCAAUCUCCUCACAAUUGGUUUUGCCAUCUACGAGGUGCCGAAAGAGAUGCAGGGUGACAAGAAACAUUUGCAGAAGGAUUUUUUCCUUUACAAUGCCUCCAAAGUAAAAUGCAAGUCUUACAUAAACAUGCGAGAAAUCACAGAACGCUUCCGGUUACCACCCAAGGAGUAUGUCAUCAUUCCAUCCACUUAUGAACCCCACCAAGAAGGAGAAUUUAUCCUGAGAGUUUUCUCAGAAAAAAGAAGUCUUUCAGAGGAAGUUGAAAAUAAGAUUGAAGCAGGAAAUAUCUCGCCUGCAGAAAGGGGUACAGAUGCUGAAGAAGAUAAGCAGUUCAAAAAUAUCUUCCGGCAAAUUGCUGGGGACGAUAUGGAGAUCAGCGCUGAUGAACUAAGGAAUGUCCUCAACAAUGUUCUGAAAAAACAUAAAAGUUUGAAAACAGAAGGUUUUGCCCUGGAAUCCUGCCGCAGCAUGAUUGCGCUAAUGGAUACAGAUGGUUCCGGGAAAAUAAAUCUUGAUGAAUUUCGCCACCUUUGGACUAAAAUUAAAAGCUGGCAGAAAAUUUUCAAGUGUUAUGAUACCGACCAUUCAGGAACCAUUAACAGCUAUGAGAUGCGUAAUGCAGUUAAAGAUGCAGGGUUUCAAUUGAAUAACCAAUUAUAUGACAUCAUUACAAUGCGUUACGGUAACAGAAAUAUGAAUAUAGAAUUUGACAGUUUUAUCUGUUGUUUUGUGCGACUGGAAGGAAUGUUCCGUGCAUUCCAGGCCUUUGAUAAAGAUGGAGAUGGCAUUAUUAAACUGAACGUCUUAGAGUGGCUACAGCUCACCAUGUAUGCCUGAUUAUCACUUAUUUUGCACCUUCUCUUGGAUUAUUGACUUAAUCAGCCGUCAUUCAGUUUCAAGACACUGAUCUCUUGCACAUCUUCCUCUUAAAAAUUACAUGGAAAGGAAGUAUAAAUGGAAGUAUAAAUUCUGCAGAUUUAUGUUCAAGGAAACAGCUUACGGAGAAGUAACAAAAGCAGUGAAGCAUCUUGUGCACAAGAAGGGUAUCUGCUCUCCUGAUGGAAUCAACUCUAGAUGCAUGAGUUUCGUUGCAAAUCAAAAUUGUUGUCUUACUUUGAAACAGCACCUCUUCUUACCAUCUGGGACAUUUAGGGUGCAGCAGAACAAUUUAUUCAUAUUAAACACUACAACUUGCCAAAAUGUGGUUCAUCUAAGUAAUUCAACUUAUUUGAAAAUAACAUGACUCAAAACAUUUAUCUAAAUUAUUUUUAUAUAAUUUUGUUAUAUGUUACAUCAGUUAUUAUUCCUGUAGCCAAGCUUCCUACAAUUAGGCCCGGCAACAGAAUAUAUCAAUGUACAUAGAUGAAGUAUUAAACAGGAUGUAUUAAAUGACAAGAUAGAUGGUUAAAUAUUGUGGCUGAACUAGGUGGUCCUCAACCGUUCAUUUAUAGCGACCAAUUGACAUUACAACAGCACUGCAAAAAAAGUGACUUUCAACCAGGCCAAGCACUUAAAGACUGUUGCACCACCACCCAAAAUCAUGUUUUCCCAAUUUGGGUGUUUGGCAAUGGCAUGUAUUUACAAUGAUUGCCAUGUGCUUAAGUCAUGUGAUCACUGUUUGCAGCCUUCCCAACCAGCUUCUAAGAAGCUAAGUCAUAGGAAGCUGGGUUCGCUUAACGACCAUGUGAAUCACUUAGCUACAGUGACUAGCUCAACAACGAUGGUCAUAAAAUCAGGUGUGACUCACUUAGCACCAUCUCACUUAGCAAUAGAAAUUAUAGUCCCAAUUAUGGUUGUUAAGUCGAGGGGCUACCUGCAAUUAAUUUUGUUCCUAGGCUGCAGGAAAAACAUUUUAGCUAAAUUAUAAGUUUGUUCUGGCUGCAACAAACUGACAGAUUCAGGAAGUCUGGGUUCUCUUACAGUAGAACUUUUAUAGAAAUCUGUAUUGAUAUAUAAGCAAGACUUCUUUUAUAAGAGGUUUUGCACAUAGGAUUAACUGUGAUCUAGUGCUACGACUACAUUUGUUUGGAAACUGUAUUCCUUAUCCCAUUUUUAAAAAUGCCAUGCAAGCAAUGGUUCCAUUGCUAGGAAUAAUAUGGCAAAAAUUGCAUAAUAAAUAAAUGAGAGCUCUUUCACUGGAUCUGCUGUGUUAAAAUUAUGAAAGAAUAUUAAAAAAAAACCUGUGAAAAUAUGCUAGUUGUAGAUGUCCACUUUUUUAACAGAUGCUUGUACGGAUUUGUAAGAACGAUCACUAUCCAAUAUUUUUGCUUAUGUUUAGAAUUGUGGUUUUGGGAAGUUGACCUUUGAGGUAUGUGGAGUAGCUAGGUAAAAACAAUGAAGCAGGCUUCAUAUUAAAGAUUUUGUUUUGCUAUACUUUAAUUUAGAAGCCAGAACUUGACCCUCAGCAAUUUUAAGACUUCAAUUCCCAGAAUUCCUCAAAAGUAAAUGACAUAUUUAAAUUAUUGUGAAGAAAAUGAAUAGACCACACCACAUCCCACUUGGGAUAAAGUAAAUUUAUUUUGUUUUCUUUUGGUUGUUAUCUAAUUCACAGCUUUGUAGCAAAAAAGGAAAGACUAAAUCAUUCACUGAAACAAACGGAGAAAAGAUGUUAGUUAAACAGUUAUAGCAUAGUAGGUAUGCUAUUUUAUCACCUGGUAUUUCUGCAAUUACAGGAAUCUGUUCAUGCCUUAAAUGAUGUGUUAUUUUAGACCUUCUAGCUGCACAAUACUAUAUGGAGCACCUGCUUAUAUGUUCUGUGGAAACCAUUCCUCACAACUAUAGAUUAUCUAGGAAAUUCAGUGUUUAGAGCAAGUUAGCUGCUGGCUGCCUGAAUACUAAUUCUUAAUGUAUCUGUCUUUGAAGAUAUUUGCGCUAUGAAAUACAUAUCCCCAACUUGCAUUUAAAAAGAAGAUAAAAUGUCAUAUGAUAUAUUUUAUAUCUAGUGUGAUAAGGAUGCAGCCCUGACUUUUUAAGGUGGGUGCUUUGCCACUUUAUUAAGAUGUUAUAGCUUUUAUGUUUCAAUCCACCGUAGCCCAGGUAGUGUCUCAAAGGGCAAAUAGAAGCUGGGAUACUUGCAAGUGUUCUAUUAUUUAGUGGGACAAAAAUGCAACCAGCCAAAUACCUGAAUUCUAUGGCAGCUGAUACACACAAGAGUCCUCCACAGCAGAACCAUGAAUGUAAAGAAACACAUUCAACACACACACACACACACACACACACACACACACAAAACUUAAUGGCAUUUUAAAAAGUGCACACCUCUUAUACUGAGGAAAUAUGUUGGCAUGCAGUCCAAAUACAUUGCAUAUGCAACCUGCAACAACUUACUCAGACAUCAGCCCAGCACGCAAAAUUAAACACUUCCCACACAUUUCAAUAAUGCACUCUGCGAUUCACUCUGGCAACUUCAUUUCUAUCUCCUUUCUUUCAAAAUAAAUCUCUUCUAAAGAUAAAGUUAAUAUAUUUCUGGAAAUAAGACAAACACCUGCAACCUUCCAGAACGUGACAAUCUUCAAAGUACGCAAUCUUGAUGCAUCCGCCUUACCAUUCUAUCAAUAAUCAGCAAACUCCAUUUUGCCCUCUUUGCAUCAAGAUUUCUAUAGAGCAACCUAAAGGAGCAUGCCUACAUUUCCAACUAAAGAGGUAUAAGUACACAAAACAACCUCAAACCAAACAAAUAACCUGAAUCGCAAGAGAAGAUUUCACAUUCCACAUGAAAGAACUGUGGAGCUUCAGCACAACACACUGAAGGAGGAGGAGUUUAACUUUCUAAGUUAUGUGCAUGAAGCCUCAUUUGCAACUAUUCUUCUCAUUAAGAAAAACAUAUAUUAUAGAACAAACUAAUAAUAAAACUUGGCCACGCUUUUAUUGCUGAACAAGUUUUAAUACAAAUUAUGAAAGCAUCCCAAAAACACACUCAUCUUAAAUGUGCAUGCGCGCACACCCAAACAUACACA